AUGAAACAGAGGAGGAGUUCCUUAUCAAUCCUCUUCUGUUUCGUCCUCGUGAGCUUCUUCGGUGUUGCCUCUGUCUCAGCACAAACAUGCAAACAAAGCCGUUAUUAUUUCACACCGAACGAUACAUACGACGCAAACCGCCGUCUAAUCCUCUCUUCUCUUCCUUCCAAGACCGCUUCUCAAGAUGGCUUCUACUACGGAUCUAUCGGACAAGAGCCGAACCGUGUCUUCGCAGCAGGGAUGUGCGUCCCACGAGCAGAAGCAAACGACUGUUCUGCUUGUAUCAAGGGUGCUUUAGACUGGUUAUUACUAGACUGUACUAACCAGACAGAAGCGUAUUAUUGGGCACUUGAUCCAACGAAUUGCCUUGUCCGCUACUCCAACAUUUCUUUCUCAGGAUCCUCAGCUUUCUGGGAUAUUACGCCGAGAUAUAUUGUCUUUCAGACAGCAGAUAUCAGCUCAAAUCUAACAGAGUUCAAGAUUAUAUGGUAUGGUUUAAUUGAUCGUAUGAUUUCAGCAGUCUCCAAAGCAAGAAGCAACUCAUCGUCCAGUGAUAACUAUUACACAACUGAUGAUGCGCUCUUGAAAGAUUUUCAGAAGAUAUACGCAUUGAUGCAAUGCACGCCAGAUAUUUCUCCUAGUGAGUGUGAAAGCUGUCUGCGACAUAGCGUUACUGACUACCAGAAAUACUAUGGGAACAAGACAGGAGGUUAUGUUAUGCGGCCAAUCUGCUUUUUCCGGUGGCAGGAUUUUACAUUCUCCAAGGCUUUUGGUAGAAAUACGUUGGCUCCUCCUCCUACUUCACGUUCUCCUCCGCUUCAACGUCAACCACCUUCUGCAGGCGACCGAGCCAUGAACACAGACAAAAAUAGUAGAAAAUUUUCAUGGGGAGGAAUAGUAGCUCUUGCUGUUCUUGCUUUAGUUGCCCUCAUCAUCAUUUUAGGGGUGCUUGCCUGGAGAUUUGAGGUAUUUUGCUGGAGGAGAAAAUCAUAUACAGAAGUUGAACUUAAUCAAACUGGUAUUACCACUGUACGCAUCCGCAAAUACAGCUUCGAGGCGAUCAAAGCUGCAACAGAUACAUUUUCAGAUAAAAACAAACUCGGCCGUGGUGGAUUCGGUGAAGUUUACAAGGGUGUGUUGCCUGAUAAAAGAGAAGUUGCAGUGAAGAGGUUGUUUAGACGAUCAAGACAAGGUGAGAAAGAGUUCAAGAACGAGGUUGUUGUUGUUGCGAAACUUCAGCAUAACAACCUCGUUAGAAUUCUAGGGUUUUCUGUCAAAGGAGAUGAAAAGAUACUUGUCUACGAGUUUGUGCCCAACAAGAGUCUCGACUUCUUCCUCUUUGACCCUACAAAUCAAGGGCAGUUAGAUUGGGCAACACGGUAA